AACACAUUCUUCUUUUUGGGAUUCGAUAGCAUGGAUGUAUAUAAUAUACUACUCUUCACCUUGGUCCUUAUUAUAUACAUUGUGACAAUAUGUGGAAACUUUUUGAUCAUCAUGCUGGUAUAUUACAGUAAGACCCUUCAUUCCCCCAUGUACUUCUUCCUCUCCCAACUCUCUAUAUCUGACAUCAUGUUGACCACAGAUAUUGCUCCUAACAUAUUAAAUAUUGUUCUUCAUGAGAGGACCUCCAUAUCUUUUUCUGGUUGCAUCACUCAGUAUUAUUUUUUUGGUUCAAUCGAAACAUUUGAGUGUUUCCUUCUGACAGUGAUGUCCUAUGACCGCUAUCUAGCCAUCUGCUCUCCACUGCAUUAUGUCUCCAUUAUGAAUCAUGCACUUUGUAUUAAAUCAGUUCUUGCAUCCUGGCUGUUGAGUUGUUCUAUAGCAUUAAUUUUAACAGUUGGAAUUUGUCAACUUGAAUUCUGUGGACCAAAUACUAUUGACCAUUUCUACUGUGACUUCAAUCCUCUGGUGGAACUUUCUUGUUCAGACACAUCCAGAGUUCAAAUGGAAUUGACCAUAUUGUGUUUUCCUGUUAUAGUCUUGCCAUUCAUUGUCAUAGUAGUUUCAUAUACUUACAUUGUUUUAACUAUGAUAAAGAUACCAUCUUUUUCAGGAAAACUCAAAUCCUUUUCCACAUGUAGCUCCCAUCUUAUAGUUGUAUUCAUAUUUUAUGGAACCCUAAUUGCCAUGUAUGUGCUUCCAAAUGAAGGAGAAUCUCAAAUGAUCAAAAAGAUCAUGUCAAUGUUGUACACUGUUUUUACGCCCUUUUUGAACCCCUUUAUAUACAGUUUGAGGAAUAAAGAUAUCAAGGAUGCUUUGAGAAAUGCCCAAAUUAUGCAUUAUUUAGAGCCUUUGGUCAAAAUCAGGUAG